AUGCCUGUGGGAUGUGUAGCGAAAAUAGUUCCACCUCAUGACCUGAAUGAAAGUAGUAAUAAUGAAUUCAUCAAACAAUAUUCUAAAAUCCGCGGAAGUUUUAUAGGACAUAAUAUAAUUCUUGCUAAACUAAGACAGGAUUUACAUUUAUUAUCUAGCAUUCCAUUACGGCAGCCAUUUUCGGUUAACACUACAAGAACCGAAACAAGGAUUCAUUUUUACAAGAAUUCACAACAAUAUUAUUCGUUAAGAGAAUUAACUGAAGAGCAAAGAAAUUUUGCCUCUUUUCAACUAUUUAUCAAUGUUAUAUUAUCCGAAUCCAAUGAAACAAACUGUUUUCUUAAUAAAGCUAAAGCAUUAAAAUUAUACAAGAUGCUUUCUCUCAACGAUAACACUACAGUUAAAAUCAUCAGUGAAUUCGAGGAUAUGUAUAGUUCAGAUAAUGCAAUUGACUUUUUCCUAGAGAAUAUCCCCAUAAAAGAAUCAUUGAACAAAGCUCUUCGAACAGAAGACGUACAACAAAUAUGUGUGUUCUGGUUUUUUAUUAACGAUUUAUACAAGCAGUUGUCAAGUCCCUAUACUCGAAAACCAUUAAUAGUCUAUAGUGGACACUAUGUAACUAUCGAUGAACUAGAGAACUUAAAAUCAAGUAUUAGCAGCUUUGUUUCAUUUAAAACAUUUUUCUCGACGUAUACAUCAAGUAUUCGUGCUUUACGUCGUAGUGGCAGAGGACAAGGUCGGCCAUACUUAGAAUCUGUCUUAUUCGAGAUUAAACUUCGCAGCAGUAUCACAAAAACAAGAUUUGCCAAGGUUUCAUCGAACAAAGAGGAAGAAAUGUUCUUAUUCUCGCCGGGAUCUGUGUUUCGACUUGAAUCGAUUGAAAAAUUAAAUGGUCAGGUUUGGUAUUGUAAAUUGAGUGUUAACGAUGAGGACGAAUGUGCGCUGAAUAAACUAUUUGUACAUUUGGAGAAUGAAGUUGGAAGAGCAGCUACAUUCGUAACAAUAGGUGUUUAUUUAAGCGCAUUGGGAAAGAACGAUACGGCCGUGACGUAUUACAGAACCUUACUUAUGGAGUCCACAGAUCCGGAUACAAAUGCAACAAUUCAUAAUAAUUACGCAAUUGUGUAUGAUCAGAAAAACGACCAGACAAACGCCUCUUUUGAGCUAAAAAAAGCUCAACAAAUGUAUACACCGAAUGAUAACGAAUCAACUCAUCAAAAAGCUGAUACUUCAUCAAACGUUUCUGAAAGAUCGGUACUGUCCAAUUCACCAAUAUUAAGUCAUCAUAAUCUCGUGUGUGUUAAUUUCUCAGACGGUCAGUUUGUAUCGACCAAUGGAUUUUUAUCGACAACGAUCGAUCAAACUGUUGCCAAAUUCUUUGCUGGUGAUGGCCAACUACGAUCGGUUUCCGUUGAUGUUCUUUUCAAGUUAAAAAUUGAUUAUUCGACUCCAUGUAGACCGUAUACUGUUAUACCAUCAGGACAAGGAUGUAUGACAGACGAAGAAGAAAUUUUAUUUACAAUUGGAAGUGUAUGGCGUAUAAAAAGUGUGAUUCCAGGUAAUAAAUAA